AUGGCGGAGGGCGCCCAGGCCGGGCCUGAGGAGGCGCAGCGGCGGGAGCGGCAGAGGCGGCGUCACCGGUCUCCUCGGCGCCGCCUCCGCUCCGCCGUCGCCGCUGCUGCUGCUGCCGUCCCGCUGCGGAGGCGGCUCCGGGGACUGGCGGGUCCCCCGCUGCCCGGUGCCAUGGAGGGGAGGCAGGCGAGGGGGGCCGAGACCCGAGUCGCCCCGAGUCCCGCGGCUUCCGGCUUCUCCUCACAAGUCCAGGCGCCGCCGACAGAGAAGGGGCGGGGAAAGCCUAGAGCGGCCAACCGCACGCUCACCUCGGAAGUUCCGGUCAAUAAGACAGCGCCAUUGGCCCGGGCGCUCUGCCCCUCGGCACCUCUAUGGCUGGCCCAAAUACCGAGCGAGAAGCUGUUUCGUCUCUGUGAUGUACUCCUUGAUGUCUGCCUCUUGUCACGUUUCUCUGCCUGGCUGGGACAAAAAGAGCAACCCAGAGCCUUGCAACAAGCUGUGACCCAACGACCAGUACAAGUUUUAUGCGGUGAAUGCAGACUAUGACAAGCUGAAAAAAGGAGCGCCCAGAUAUCUGAAGAGCAAAUGAAUCUGGGAGCUAUAGUUUGGGUCUUUGGGUUUGAUGCUUUUGUAACUGGAUCUGUAAUGGCUUUUAGGCAAAUACAAUAAAUGAUUGAUUGAUUGAUUGAUUGGUGAAAAAGUGCUUUUUUACUGAGAUGCUAACUUUCUCUCUGCAUGCCAUUCCUUGAACAGCAAAGAUAAGGCUUGCUUUCAUUGCUCUGUUCAUUGGUGCAUUUGACUAGUGUUAUGUGGAGGGAAAUGCAGCCCCUGGGCUGAAAAAUGUCCCCCUCCUGCCCCCUUGGGUGUCCAGUGUGGCCUUCACAGAUAUAGACACACCUUGGGGGAGGGUGUUUUGGCUGCUGAGCUGCGCCCCGCCCCCCAUUGUGAGGGCUGAGGGUGUGAUGGUGAUGCCUCCCCAGCUGCUGCCAUUGUCUGUGGGUUGACUGUGAUGCCACAAACACAUUUGGCAGCUGAGCAGGUAUAAACGUGG